AUGACAUUGCCCUUCAAUCUACGGUUACCAAUGAAGGAAUGGACUGACAAUGAGCAGUGCUUUGUGGUAUCAAGUUUGUUUGGCAUGGCUCCUCUGCGUUUCAAGCCGCACCAAAAUGGUUAUAUUGUGUCUUUAUCUAUCCACAUGUGCAUUUACAGCUACAUAAUGGUCACCACUUUGGUCAUAAUCACUUUCUACGGUAUAAUAUCAGAGAUGAAUCUUGGCAUCACACCUUUCCUCCACAUGUCUUCUCACCUAUCUAGAGCGAUGUCUUGCUGUGACAUUUCAAUUCUACUAAUUUUGGGAUGUUCUGGUGUCUAUGGAGCUCCUAGACGAAUGAGGAAUAUGAUUAAAUUCAUGACCACGAUUGCUUCGAUCGAUAAAGAAAUUGGCACCCAGUACUCCUACAGGAGGGAACGUAACCUCUGCGCAGGAUUCAUCUUCUUUAUGAUCGUACUUACUGCUAUGGUUCUUGACGACAUAUUCUUCUCCACGCACCAAGCUGGGAGCACGGAUAGAGAAUGGAAUUUAAUAUUUCACUAUCUUGGAUUCUAUCUCCUCUGGUACUUCGCUACGAUCUUAGAAGUGCAGUUCGCUUUUACUGCAAUGAUGGUUCAUGCUCGCUUCAAGGCCGUGAACAGAGUUCUAUAUCUCACUGCCAAGAAACUGUCUGAACCUUUCAGAUCUGGUUCAAUACACCAGUUGUCGCCAAGUGACGCCUUGCAACGUGUUGCUAUGAUCCAUAGCAAGCUCUGCGACGUUAUACAUCAUCUGGAAGAUAGUUAUAGUAUCUGUCUUGUCAUCAUACUGGUCUCCACGCUAUUUCAUCUCGUUAUCACCCCGUAUUAUGCUAUUUUUGAAAUAAAUGUUCGGGUGUUUGGCAACCUGUCUCAUUUCAUAAUACUGGAGAGUAUGUGGUACAUUCUGCACUUGCUGAGGCUUAUAGUGGUGGUGGAACCCUGUCGAUAUACCACGGUUGAGGGUUAUAAGACCGAACGUAUAGUGUGUCGCAUGAUGACAGUGACACCAACUACAGGCACUUUGGCGUCUCGUCUAGAGCUGUUCUCACGCCAGCUGAUGCUGCAAUCUGUCUGCUACAAGCCCAUGGGUGCCUGCACAUUGGAUAGGCCACUUAUAGUUUCAGUACUUGGAUCAGUAACCACCUACUUGGUAAUGUUGGUGCAAUUUCAAAAAUAUGAAUCUUAG